CAUCAUAAUAAAGUCACACCAUUCCACAAUCAAUCGUCACUAAACCCUUUACUAUUCCUCUCUCUCUCUCUCUCCCAAGAAACACCAAUAAUGAAUCGCAGCAGGCUACCGGAAAAGGCACGUUCAUCCGCCGCCGCCGGAGAUAUCGUACAUCUACCGGAAAGUCCAAGAGGUCCAAUGGAAUUCUUAUCCCGUUCAUGGAGUGCUUCCGCGUUACUACUCUCCAAAGCUCUCUCCACAACCUCCUCCUCCUCCGCCGCAGCAGCCAUUUCAUCUAAGUCUCCUGUUUCUUCACUUCCCAUUCCUCCCGGAGACCCUGCCGCCGCCCUUCAUCAAAUGAAGCCUAUUUCUGAAGAUUCCGCGGCAAUCGCAAACGCUAAUGCGUUCUCUUUCUCUUUCGCAUCCUCUGCCACUUCUCAACUCGUCCUCGAACGUAUCAUGUCUCAAUCGGAAAUAUCGCCGUUGACGUCGGGAAGGUUAUCUCAUAGUAGCGAACCCUUGAACGGUUCAUCUCUUACCGACGGGACUGAUAGCCCUCCGAUUUCUCCCUCCGACGAGUUUGACGACGUCGUUAAGUAUUUACGGUCCAACAAUUCGCUUCAGCCACUAUUCACCGGCGCACCACCGCGCAACGGAGCCGGCGCCGCCGUCAACGGCAGUGGAGUGAACACGCCCGGCGGAAAGACUGUGGGUAGAUGGUUAAAGGAAAGAAGAGAGAAAAAGAAAGAAGAAAACAGAGCCCACAAUGCUCAAAUCCAUGCAGCAGUAUCUGUUGCCAGCGUUGCAGCAUCGGUUGCCGCAAUCGCGGCGGCCACCGCUGCCGCUUCUGCAACUGGUAAAGACGAGCAGACGGCGAAGACGGAUAUGGCCGUCGCUUCGGCAGCGACAUUGGUGGCUGCUCAAUGCGUUGAGGCGGCAGAGAAUAUGGGCGCCGCUAGAGAACUUCUAAUCGCUGCUAUUAGCUCCGCCGUUAAUGUGAGAUCUCAUGGUGAUAUUUCUACUCUCACCGCCGCCGCCGCCACAGCUCUAAGAGGAGUGGCAACAUUGAAGGCUAGAGCAGUAAAAGAAGUUUGGAAUGCGGCGGCUGAGAAAGGAUCUGGAAUAAGAAUUAGUGGUAGUUUCAACCCUGACCACAACCACCACCCAACCGUCGCCACUAACUGCCUUCACGGCGGGGAAGGUAUAGACUCCGAAGAGAAUUUCCUAGAUGCUUGUAAUCAACAGCUCCUCGCCCGUGGUACCGAGCUACUCAAACGCACCCGUAAAGGUGAUCUGCAUUUGAAGAUUGUAUCUGUAUACAUUCAUCGCACAGGCCAGGUGAUGUUGAAGAUGAAAAGCAAACAUGUUGCAGGGACAAUCACCAAGAAGAAGAAGAAUGUUGUAUUCGAAGUUUGCAAGAACUUACCAUCCUGGCCAGGAAGACACCUAUUGGAAGAUGGAGAACAGAGAAGAUAUUUCGGGUUAAGAACUGAAAACAGGGGGCUUGUGGAAUUCGAAUGUAAGAAUCAAAGAGAAUACGACAUAUGGACACACGGAGUCUCUAGGUUACUAGAAAUCAUAGCCGAACGCAAUGGAAUCAUGAAAUGAAUCAACCAACUAUUAAUUAUUGUAAUCUUUUAUCUGUUUUCAUGAUGUAGACAAUCAAUUAUUACAAACAAUUUCCAAUAUUAUUACACUUAUAUUUUGCAGUA